CGGUUGUGUGCAAGAGGCCUGAGGGUAUGUUCACAAUGUUGCAGAAUCACUGCAGAUUAUGCUGCCAAUGUUGCACGGGGUGAAAUCCACAGCAUAAAUUGGCACGCUGCAGAUUAAGGGCUCAUGCACAUGACGCGGUCCGCAAAACACAAAUACCCGCCAUGUGUGUUCUGCAUUUUGCGGAACCAAACAUCUGGUCCCUAAUAGAGUUCUAUCCUUGAUCCUAAUGCGGACAUGUUGUAUUUGUUUGCAGAUGCCAUGGAACGGACAUACGGAUGCAUCUUUUGGGUCCACAUCUCACAGAUCGGAUGCAAAGAUUACGUUUGUGUGAAUGAGCCCUUAGGGCAGACACUCAUUCACUUUGCUGGUCACCACUGCAGCAUGUAACGCACCCUAACCCUAAGCCAUGUUCACACACGAGGGUAUAUUGUGCAGUCAGGGCUUCUGCCGUUGUGAUGUGGCGCACAGAGCCUGCGACUUCCCCCACUGCCGGCGGCCGCACAGACGUGAUUGUGUAAUAGAAACUGGGAGGGAAUCCAGAGAAACGAAAGUGAAGUCCUGGGAGAAGAGGCUGCAGCUGCACCCGGACUCCUCCGCCAGACCUGGAAGAAGAGGCUGCACCCGGUCUCCUCCGCCAGACCCGGGAGAGGCUGCGGCUGCACCCGGACUCCUCCGCCAGACCCGGGAGAGACUGCACCCGGACUCCUCCGCCAGACCCGGGAGAGGCUGCACCCGGACUCCUCAGCCAUGUCCCCGCCGAACACCUGCGCCUUCUGCCAGGCGGCAAAGGAGAAUGAAGUGACCGGAGAGAUGCAGAGGACUCCGGACGGGACGAUAGUGGCGCACUACAACUGCAUGCUAUACUCCCCACAAGUGAUAUCAAUAGAUUCACAAGAGGAUAUACAAGGAUUUAAUUUUGAUAUUGGCUCUGUGCAACGUGAAAUAGAAAGAGGGCAAGAGCUGAGAUGUAAUUUAUGUAAGAAGCGAGGAGCGACUGCCGGCUGUGAUGUCAUAUCUUGUAGGAGAACAUAUCACUAUCCGUGUGUACUAAAAGCUAAAGGUUCUUCUUAUCCCCAAAAAUUUGUUGUAUAUUGUUUUCACCAUACAAGGGAAAAAAAUGCUAAUGACUCAAAGGACAUCCAUGGAAAAGCUAAAAAGUGUAUACAGAGAUACAACAAGAAAAGGUGGCAGAAAAUGGUUGGUAAAGUAAGGAAGAACAAUAUAAAGAAGCAGCAUGAUGAUAGUGCUGCCAUGCAGAAUGUGCAUCCCGAAGAACGGUCAGAAGACUUCAUUUUAGCUAUUCAUUCAACUGUUGAAAUAGAAGACAGUGAGGAAGUUCGCCCCUCCUCGUCUGGCCAACACAUGAGCUCGGGCACAGCUUCAGGAGAAAGUGGCACAGCUUCAAGAGAAAGUGGCACAGCUUCAGAAGAAAGUGGCACAGCUUCAAGAGAAAGUGGCACAGCUUCAGAAGAAAGUGGCACAGCUUCAGAAGAAAGUGGCACAGCUUCAGAAGAAAGUGAUUCUAUACUGAAUCCAAAAGUGAAUAAAGUUUUCUCUCUCAGUGGAUUUCCAAAAAGAAAAAAGUAUCAUUCAAAAAGGAAACGUAAUGAGAAGCUUGAAGAGGUUCUGCAGACUAUGGGAUCAGAGGACAAGGCAGCUUUAUCUCAAAUAUAUUCAGAGUUUGGAGGUAAGCGGAGACAUUUUCACAAUGCUCUUUAUGUAAAUAAUCUCAUGAAAAUCUCUGUAUACAUCAGAUGUUAA